AAGUACUUCGGCCUCAAUUGCCCUAACGGCGGCGAAUUCUACAUCUGCGAGGGAGAUGCGACCGAGUUCAUAGGGUGUUGCACCAGCAACCCUUGCGGAGCCAACAAGGGAGUGUGUCCCAGCGGCAACCUGCGGGCCUCUAGCUUCAACCAGGACGUCUACGCGGACUUGCCCCAGCAGAACUGUUCCAACAGCGCUGGAGUGACCAAUUGGUACACAUGUGCCUACACCAAUCCCCCGUUCAUGGGGUGCUGCUCCGAGCCUGCAUGCAACAGCGGGUGCGCCAGGAGCAACCUGGUGCCGGCUGUCCUCUCCUCGAAUGAGAACAACAAGCUCGAUUUUCUAACCCCCGACGGCGACUCGUCCCAGACAUCAGCGAGUCCAUCGGGAAGUGCCACCUCUACGGGUACGUCGUCGGCAUCGGCAUCGGCCUCGACAUCGGCAGCAGCCUCCGACAGCGAAGGUGGCCUGGGAACCGGUGCGGUCGCGGGCAUUGCUGCCGGUUCCGCGGCCGUCGGCGUGCUCUUCUUGGGCUUCUUGAUCUGGAAGUUCUGGUGGGCGCCGCGCAAGAGAAAGCAGGAGGGCCAGGUGUUUUCGCCCGUCGCCCGUUCGUCGCACAUGCCCGACCAGCCUGGCACUCCGGGGACCUUCUAUUCCGGACAGUCACCCAUGAGCCACUACCAACAAUCUUUUGCUUCGACUCCCACUGCGGUCGCCCACUACCCCAGCGGAGUGUCCAUGGACCAGUACGGCAAAAUCUCGCCGCAGACGGCCACCUUUGACCGCCCAAUCUCGAUGAGCACCUACUCGGACGUCAGCUCCGUCCCCCGGGGGUACGGCCAGCAGCAGCCCUAUUCGCCCAUGCCCAUGAUUCCCGUGCAGGAGAUGGACGGCACGUCUCACGCUCCGCCGCAGGAGCUGGGUACGGGACACGAGCACAUGUACAGCCCUGGC